AUGAUGAACCAGGACCGCGGAAAUUCUACGCUCUUCCCUACAUGCAGGGCAUUUCUGAAACGAUCGCCCGUCAAUCCAAUCGUUUUGACUUCUCUUUUGCCCAAAACCGGCGUCGUCAUUGCGAUCAGCACUUCCCGAGUGAAAGAUCCCAUACCCAAAGGACAGCAGACUAACGUUAUUUAUCACAUUACGCGUGCUACCUGUUCUUGCACGUACGUUGAUCAUACAGACCGACGGCUUGGGACAGGCAUCCGCGAACACCAGUUAGCCACCCGCCGACGUGACCUUUUGUCACUCGUGUUCGAGCACGCCCCUGAGUUUUACCACCGCUUCAAUUGGGACGGAAAUGAAGUGCUUGCCAUGGCCAACACCAAAUAG